AUGGAUGACAUCCAUGAUUUUGAUACAAUAGAUGUGGAGUUGGAUGCGUACUUCAAAAAGAAACAAGCUUCCCGAUGCAAAGAUGAAUUUAUCAAUAUUCUAUGUGAAGAACACGAUUACGAGGUAGUAGAUGAUGCUCAAACUGGAAACGAUGCUCAAACUGGAAUUACUAAAGAAGAAUCAGAUGAAAAUUAUCUGGAAGGUAGUAACGAGGAAGGUAGUGAUGAGGAAUUUGAGUAUUCCACCCACAAUCCAAAGGUGAAAUGGAACAAAAUGAGACCAAUGCUUGGUGAAAGUGUUAGACUAGUGGCAAUAUGUGGAAGUGAUACAGAGAAGUGUCCAUUUGUGGUUAGGGCUUCUUGGAUGAGUACUGAAAGAUCAAGGAUGAGGGCACUGUCAUUAAUUCAUGGGAAUUUGAGUGACCACUACGCAAGAGUUUGGGAUUAUGGGCAUGAGCUACUGAGAUCCAAUCCAGACAGCAUAAUUAGGAUUACAGUUACUGUAAACCCUGAUAAUACCACAACAUUUCAUAGAUUCUACAUUUGCUUUAAAGCAAUAAGAGAGGGGUGGAAAAGGGCAUGUCGUAGGGUGUAUCCUAUAGCUUGGGCAGUUGUUGAUGUAGAGAACAAGAACAACUGGCAAUGGUUCCUAGAUUUAGUUAAUGAUGAUCUUGGAUUGCAGGGUGGAAAGGGUGUGUGUGUAAUCAGUGACCAACACAAGGGUCUUGUUGAAGCUAGUAAGGAUAUUCUACCAUAUGUUGAGCACAGACAAUGUGCAAGGCAUAUCUAUGCCAAUUUCAGAAAAGUUUAUAGUGGAGUGCAGUUCAGAAACAUGUUUUGGGCAGCUGCAAAAUCUACCACAGAAGGAGAUUUCAAUUUUAAUAUGGAAAGGAUUAGGGCAAUAAGUUAUGCUGCUUAUGAUCAUCUCAUGGCAAGGGAACCAACUUCAUGGUGCAGGGCUUAUUUCUCUACUGCUUGGCUUGUGAGGCUGUAG